UGGGGGCGGGGCUUCGGAGCGUGUGACGCCGCGGUCGCCGCGGAGCUCGGGGAUUAAUGGGAAAAGUUUUGGCAGGAGCCGGAGGAUUCUGCGGAGCCUGCGGGACGGCUGCACUGGCGCGGGAGGCGCCCGGGACGGUGUGGCUUGGCGUUUUGGGUAUGUGUAUAGUAUUCACACAGUGGCUUCUGCUCACCAACAGAUGAAGAUAGAUGUGCCAAAGAGCUUCUGCAGUUGCUGACUCUUUGCAAUAUUGGCUGGACACUGUCCCCGGCUGCCCGCAGGCCGUGUGGUCUGGGGGAACGUUUCCUUUUAGCUGACGGGAAUUGCCCUGUAGAGGUCCAUCUGCAUUCAGACCCAGAUGAUGCCAGAACUAUGACCCGGCCUGCAGGUGUGGCGACCAGGGGAGAUCAGCCAUGGAGCAGCCCCCAGAGGAGACACCUGAGGUUCGGGAAAAGGAGGAGAAAGAGGAAGUGGCAGAGACAGAAGGAGCCCAAGAGCUCAGUGGGGGACCAGAGCAGGUGCUUCCUUCCAGCAGCUAUGCAGACCUAUCCCAGAGCUCCUCGCCACCUGUGCUGCUGGACCAGCUGCAGAUGGGCUGUGAUGGUGCCUCAUGCGGCAGCCUCAACAUGGAGUGCCGGGUGUGCGGAGACAAGGCGUCAGGCUUCCACUACGGCGUCCACGCGUGCGAGGGCUGCAAGGGCUUCUUCCGCCGGACGAUCCGCAUGAAGCUGGAGUAUGAGAAGUGUGAUCGGAGCUGCAAGAUCCAGAAGAAGAACCGCAACAAGUGCCAGCACUGCCGCUUCCAGAAGUGCCUGGCACUGGGCAUGUCGCACAACGCCAUCCGCUUUGGUCGGAUGCCAGAAGCUGAGAAGAGGAAGCUGGUGGCCGGACUGACAGCAGUCGAGGGCCACCAGCACAGCCCGCAGGUGGCAGACCUGAAGGCCUUCUCUAAGCACAUCUACAAUGCCUACCUAAAAAACUUCAACAUGACCAAAAAGAAGGCCCGCGGCAUCCUCACUGGCAAGGCCAGCCACACGGCGCCCUUUGUGAUCCACGACAUCGAGACGUUGUGGCAGGCGGAGAAGGGCCUGGUGUGGAAGCAGCUGGUGAACGCCCUCCCACCCUACAAGGAGAUCAGCGUACACGUCUUCUACCGCUGUCAGUGCACCACAGUGGAGACGGUGCGGGAGCUCACGGAAUUCGCCAAGAGCAUCCCCAACUUCAGCAACCUCUUCCUCAACGACCAGGUGACCCUUCUGAAGUACGGUGUGCACGAGGCCAUCUUCGCCAUGCUGGCCUCAAUCGUGAACAAAGACGGGCUGCUGGUGGCCAACGGCAGUGGUUUUGUCACCCGGGAGUUCCUGCGCAGCCUCCGCAAGCCGUUCAGUGAUAUCAUUGAGCCCAAGUUUGAGUUUGCUGUCAAGUUCAAUGCCCUGGAACUUGAUGACAGCGACCUGGCCCUGUUCAUCGCUGCCAUCAUUCUGUGCGGAGACCGGCCAGGCCUCAUGAACGUGCCGCAGGUAGAAGCCAUCCAGGACACCAUCCUGCGUGCCCUGGAGUUCCACCUGCAGGCCAACCACCCCGAUGCCCAGUACCUCUUCCCCAAGCUGCUGCAAAAGAUGGCGGACUUGCGGCAGCUGGUCACCGAGCACGCACAGAUGAUGCAGCGCAUUAAGAAGACCGAGACUGAGACCUCGCUGCACCCCCUGCUCCAGGAGAUCUACAAGGACAUGUACUGAGAGGCUGCCCCUCGGGGCCGCCCACCCCGUGGUCCAGCCGCCAGCACGCGGCUCUCACCUCCAUGUCCCAGCUUCCCCAGCUCUCCUAGCUCUGCUCCCGACCCCUGUGGUCUCUCUCUUCCUCACUCCCUCUGUCUUGGCUCAUGUUCCUGCUCUUUUUUUUUUUUUUAAAUGCCUUUCUGUAGGGUCCCACUUCCUUCCUGGCUUCUCUCCCACCCUCACCCCGCCCAGACGCCCAUCGUCUCCACCCCCAUAUUGUCCUCUUUCUCUUCCCCCACCAAGACCAUUUGUAUUAUUUCACCAGCACAGAACUGGACCCUUCCCCAAAAGCAGGAGGAGUGGGGUCUGCGCUCUGCCCCUCCCAGGACCCCAUAGGCCUAGGCUCCUCACUGACUCCUGUCUUCAGACAAAAGCCUUGAGCCAUCCAAAGAAACACUAAGCUAUAGGAUCUGACUUCCCAGGGAAGCCAGCCAUGACCUGGCCUGACCGCACCACUGCAGUGACCCAGAGUAUGCAGGAGGUCCCUGCUGCAGAGGACAGUGGCAGGGGUGGGAGAACAUGG